AGGCGCAGAAUGCAGCAAAUACUUCAGUGUGCGAGCCAUGACUUCCGCACACGCGCUGCCACUUCGGCCGCGGUCAUCAACACGCGGCCGGAAGACAUUGCGAUGAUCCACCGUCACCGUCACGGGCCACUUGACGCGGAUCUUCGCACCUUGGACCCCUUUCGAUGAAACCCUAACUAGAAUCUAGAGUCGUUCCAACUUCUCUCAAACAACAAUCCUCCAGUCUCUCGUUAUUUUGCAUAGCGUUUGUGGCUAACAGUUCUGCAUUUCUCAUUAUGACGAGCAUUGAUCCAUACUUGACAGAACCAGAUCUGAUCUUGCUGCGCAAUCUCUUUGAAGACAACGCCAGGCAAUUCCGAACGCGAGCCAAGCAUAACGAACAGCAGCACCCAGAUGAUCACAAAUCACCCAGCAUAGCUCACGCAACAGACGACAGCGAUGACUCAGCACUCGAGCGCAUGAAAGCAUUGAACGACCCGACCAGUCCAGAUUUCGAGCCAACAGUAUUCGCAACGUGGGAUGCCAAGGACAUACAUCCAACUCUCCAGAAGUACUUGAUCCAGCCAUACAUCAAGGUCGCUUCAAACAUAGUGCGGCAUCCUACAGAUGUGAUAUUCUUGACGCACAUCCUGCUCUACCUUUCUGUCAACGUGCCAAGCGCAGUUUACCUCUACUACAACUUCACUUACCUCCAUGGCAUCGCUCACGUUGCCUUCACCUUCUGGUGCACCGGGGGCUUCACUCUCAUGAUGCACAACCACAUCCACAACAACGGCGUUCUAUCAAAAGGAUGGGCCUGGCUGGACCUGACCUUUCCCUACAUCUUGGAACCUCUAAUGGGACACACCUGGGAUUCAUACUACUACCACCACGUGAAACAUCACCACGUCGAAGGCAACGGCCCCGAAGACCUCUCCUCCACAAUCCGCUACCAACGCGACAACGUCUGGCACUUUCUCCACUACCUCGGCCGCUUCCUCUUCCUCAUCUGGCUCGACCUUCCACUCUACUUCCUCCGCAAAAACAAAACCAAGCUCGCCGCUAAAUCCUUCUUCUCCGAAAUCGCCAGCAUGACCUUCAUGAUCUUCAUGACCACCAAAGUCAACUUUCGCGCCAGCAUUUUCACCCUCAUAAUACCCUUCAUUCUCCUCCGUCUCGGCCUUAUGAUCGGAAACUGGGGCCAACACGCCCUCGUCGAUGAAAUCGAACCGGACUCCGAUUUCCGCUCAAGCAUAACAUUAAUCGACGUCCCCAGUAACCGCUUCUGCUUCAACGACGGCUACCAUACAGCUCACCACCUCAAUCCUCGCAGGCACUGGCGCGACCAACCACUCCACUUCCUGCAAUCAAAGAAAGCCUACGCAGAAGGCCGGGCACUAGUCUUUCAUAACAUCGACUACCUAAUGUUAACCUACCGCCUCCUCACAAAAGACUACGCGAAGCUCGCCGAAUGUCUGGUACCAAUUGGAGAACAAAUCGGGAUGAGUCUGCAGGAAAUCGCAGCAGUGUUAAGGACGAAAACCAGAGCUUUCACAGAAGAGGAAAUUCGAGAGAAAUUUGGGACGGCUUCUUCUUCUUGUGCUACGAUUUCGAAGAUGAUGAAGCAGGAGAAGGAACUGAAGAUGAAGCCGAGGAGGAAAUCUGUUGCGCUUUCGUGGAAAGCUGCGAUUGUGAAUGCGGGGGCUUUGGCGCCGAGUGCACUUGGUUUGUUGGCUUUUGGGCCUUCGGGCGUGGAGGCGGAGGUUGUGCAUGGGCAUACGAAGGCGCAGUGAAGAUUCUUCGAGGACAUUGUCAGGACAGAAUCCAGUCAAGAUUGAUCCGAGCAGAAGGACAUGGCAGACAUAGAGUAGCAUAUGUAACUCCACAGAUCGCGUCCUGGAAGGAAGGACUGCUGGAGAAAGACAAGAUAUGCGGACAAUGUGAACAAAUACUGUGACCGUGGCCACCGUAGUACAUUUCCAUCUUUGCCUACAAUUUGAACC